AUGGCCACCCCCCCUAUGUCACCCAGCGAAGCCAUUGCUUACAGCCACAAACUCGACAUUUUCCUAAUCGCCGUCGGCUCCGCCGGCAUCGUCGUCACCAUUUACCACUGCAUCAUGGCCUGUUGGUGCGACCGGCGUCGCCCCAGCGGCGGCGGUGGCCAAACCCCGGCGGCGCGUGAUUUGCACUCCCUGCCGGGGUUGGAGACGCCGCGGAGCACGGAGAAUUCGGUGGUCCAUUUAAUUCCGGCCCAUAAGUACGAGAAGCGAAUGGAUCAUUUGGAAGUAGGGGAUGGCACGUGCGCCAUCUGUUUGAGCGAGUUCGAAGAGGGGGAGGAUUUACGUACAUUGCCGGAGUGUAUGCAUUCGUAUCACGUGCCGUGUAUCGACAUGUGGCUUUACUCCCACUCCAGCUGUCCGAUGUGUCGUGCCGAUGCCACUCCAACUCCAUCGUCGCCUGCGGUGUUUCGCGACGGGCUGGACUCGGAGUCGGUGGUGGUUGUGCACGUGCGGGCCACAAGGGAAUGA